UCGGGCAACAGUUCUCGAGAAAGAAAGAACCAAAAUAAUCCGUGAAAGCAAUGAAGGGACGCAACGCAGGGUUCUUCGACUUCGAAUAAUUUCAUUUUGGAUAACAAAUCAGAUCAUACCCAAAUCGAUUUCGCAUUGAAACAAGGAUUACAUUCACGAACCGGAAAGAAAGUAACUUCUAGAUUGUUUUAUGCUUCACUUCUUCAAGAUUCAUCGGAAAAUUAGUCAACAACAAUCGUCAGGUUUAAUGUCUUCCUUCCGCCGGAGAUGUCGCCUCCGGCGUCUGUAGAUUCAUGCACCGGUCAGUUUUCUUCAUUCAAAUCUUCUUCUGCGUUUUAUUCUUCCUACACCAACAUGAACUCUUCAUCAUCGAAUUCGAAUUACGCGUUUCCCAAUUCGAAUCAAAUGGAUACCAUAUUGGGAUUUAAUUCACCGCCUUUAGCGGAUUCUAGGAAUCCAGGGGGAGCCACUGUAGCUGGUUCUGGUUCAAAUCUAUCACGGCCACGGCUUAUGAAGAUGAGAAGACAGACUUCUCAUAACACAAGGUCUACUACUGCCUUCGGCAUCCGUCGUGGGGUAGAGGCUGACGCUUCUCUAGGGUUUAACCCAUUUCGAACUUCAUCCGAAUCCAGUUUUGUCGACCCGGGAAUGGAGAAUGUUCCAGAAAGGGUAUUUACAUUUGGAGCAGGCAGCAGAAAUAAUGCUUCAUUUAGCUUUCAGGCUUUCGAAAGAGAGAAUAUGAAAAACCUUGACGAAUCAAUGGUUGAUCAGUUACCAGAUCAAAUUAACAACUUGAACAUAAGAGGAUCAGGUAACGUGAACCCUAUGAAGAGCCAGUUUACCAAUAAGUUUCCUAGCAAUGUGGAGACAGAAUUACAACAUGAGAUGCAUAAAAUGAAUCUGUGUAGUUCAGGAAACGUUGGGUGGGCUAGCAAUACUCAUAAAGCCUCUGUAUUUGAAAAACCUGUAACUUUUGUUAAGCAGCAUGAUGAAGAAAGGGUAAAUCCUGAUUUGAUAUCAGAUAGAAUGGGGAAGAUGAAAGUAAGUGAAUCUGGAGAAGAUAGUUUGAAAACCUUCAUAUUUGGAGCAACUAGUAAAACCAGAGAAGAUGUCAAGGCGGAUGUAAUAUCAGAUAAAAUGCAGGAUUUGAAAGUAAGUGGAAUUGGAGAAUCAUCUGGUUUUUCUACAGUAUCUGAUAAUAAGUUCCAGAGUGGCACUUUUACUUUCACUAGCAAAUUGGAUGACUUAAAAGCUCCAAAUGCAGAAAUAAAAACACCCAUGGAAUCUGUCAAAGGAUCCAAACUAAAGAAAAAGAAAGGGAAAACAAGAAAGCAUGUCUCUGGUCAACCUCGUCCUACACAAAACUUUGUGUUUGGUCAAACUUCAGUUGAAAUACUCGAGGGUUUUGAAGCAUACUCACCAAUGGAUGUUUCCCCAUAUCAAGAAACCCUAGCUGAUGAUUAUUAUUACAGAGGAACUUCUGUGACAUCAGAUGAUACUUCCCAAUUAAACGACCACAACAGUUUCUCAAGUGAAUCAUUUAUAAUCAAUUCAAAUCUCACAACAGAUGAAGACCUUCUUUUUGCCACACAGUGUUUGGAUAUUAAUGAGAGUGAUGUUAAGUGUGAAGUUUCUGAAGCAGAAAGCUUCAGAUCUGCAAAUGAGAACUUGGAAUACAACAGUGAUACAUUUGCUACAGCAUUUGAUUCAGAACUUAGUUCAACUGCAACUUCAAGUAGACAAGAAGAAUCAGGCACCCGAUUAUUUAAAUUCGGUUCAAAAUUAGACAACAUAAAUAAAGAAAACUUCACAUUUGCUGCAUCUUCUUCAAGUCAAAGUCAACUAUCACCAGACACACGUCAGCAUAAAAAGAAACAUCGUCUGAAAACCUGUCAGGAUUCUUCAAGUUCAACAUCCGAUACAAAAACCGAUUUUUUCCCAAUUCCUAUUAAUAAUCCUUCAAUCUUUUCUCCCAAAUCAGUACCUAUUUUAUCAAGUAAAAACAACGAUAAUUUCAAAUCAAUAAAAGAACAAGAUUCAAAGCAUGGAUCUUUUUCAAACUUUUCAACUGCAUCAGCCAGCAUUGCAGCAGAGGAAUCCUGUGAGAAAUGGCGAUUGAGGGGAAACCAAGCUUAUGGUAAUGGCGAUUUAGCUAAAGCAGAGGAUUAUUACACACAGGGGUUAAACUCUGUUCCUCAAACUGAAAAAUCCAGAGAUUGUCUUAGGGCUUUGAUGUUAUGCUAUAGCAAUCGUGCAGCUGCUAGGAUUUCUCUUGGAAAAAUGAGAGAUGCAUUAAAAGAUUGUUUAAUGGCUGCAGCUAUUGAUCCUAAUUUUCUCAAAGUUCAAGUUCGUGCUGCUCAUUGUUAUCUUGCUAUUGGAGAAGUUGAAAAUGCAACUCUUCAGUAUAUGAAGUGUUUGCAAUCAGGGAAUGAUGUCUGUGUAGACAGAAAGUUGUUAGUAGAAGCCUCUGAGGGUUUAGCAAAGGCACAGAAAGUAACAAAAUGCAUUAAGCAAUAUACAGAACUUCCACGAAGAACAUCUGAUGAAUUAGAAUCUGCAUUGAGAGUUAUUAAUGAAGCUCUGCAGAUUAGCAAUUUCUCAGAGCAAUUACUUCAAAUGAAAGCAGAUAUCUUAAUCAUGUUACGAAGAUAUGAACAGGUUAUUCAGAUGUGUGAGCAGAAUCCUAAUUCUGCUGAGGUGGACACACACACAAGCCCUAAUUCAUGGAGGUCAACCCUGAUUGUUAAAUCCUAUUUCAAUCUAGGAAGACUAGAGGAAGCUCUUGAAUUCAUUAAAAAGCAAGAAACUUCUGGACAAAUCACAGAAAGAUUAGAAAGCAUGAGUUUGGACUCAGUGAUACCUUUAGCCAACACAAUUCGUGAGCUUUUGUCUCGCAAGGCAGCAGGAAAUGAAGCUUAUAAAUCAGGGAAAUACACAGAAGCAGUUGAACACUACAGUGCUGCUUUAUCAUGCAGUGUUGAAUCACGUCCUUUUGCAGCCAUUUGUUUUUGUAAUCGAGCUGCAGCAUAUGGAACUUUAGGUCAAAUCACAGAUGCCAUUGCAGAUUGCAGUUUGGCCAUUGCCCUUGACCCCACCUACCUCAAGGCGAUAUCGAGAAGAGCGAGUUUAUAUGAAAUGAUUAGGGACUAUGGGCAAGCUGCUACAGAUCUUAGAAGAUUUGUGUCUCUUCUCACAUCUCAAAUACAUGAAAAUGCAGUUCUUGAUAAAUCGAAUGAGAUAAGGAGAACUCAGAUUCGGAUUUCUAACAUUGAAGAAGAAUCCAGGAAGGAAAUUCCUUUAAACAUGUACCUUAUAUUGGGAGUUGAGUCAACUGCUGAUGCUUCAGAAGUCAAGAAGGCAUACCGGAAAGCUGCACUAAAACAUCAUCCUGAUAAGGCUGCUUUGUCAUUGAGUAGAAGUGAUAAUGGAGACGAUAGGCUGUGGAAGGAAAUAGCUGAAAAUGUCUACAAAGAUGCUGAUAGGCUUUUCAAAAUGAUUGGAGAGGCAUAUGCUGUACUUUCAAACCCUUCCAAGAGGUCAAGUUAUGACAUGGAUGAAGAGAUGAGAAAUGAAGCCAAUCAUUUUCCUAACAAUUCUCAAAGCCCGGUUUUUGAGAGAAGCGGGAGUAGAAGAUGGCAAGAUUCUUGGAGACCAUAUGUUCAUACUCAGUCAAAAAGUCAAGAAAAGUCAACCCCAUCAUACAGGUAUUAUUCGAGGCAAUCUUGAUGUAAGUAAUUAUGGUCAUCAAGUUUUGUUGCAUGAGAGCAUAAUGACAUGCAAUGACCACGCAAUGUGUGGUGUGAUUGAGUGUAUGAUCGAUCGAUUGAUUCAUGGCAUAAAUAGUUUGAAAGGGUUGUAUGUUUGACCAAGUUUUGACUGAUGUAUGAUUGAUAGGUGAAAGGAACUUUUUUAUACUUGUUUUUACCUUAUAGAGUUUUUAUUUUUUUAGGUUGUGAGGUUUGACUUGAAUGUAUACUGUAUAGUAUAGUGAUUGUGUUUGUUGUAAGGUGAUAAAGAAUGGAAACAAGUGAAUGAAAGAGUUGGAAGAUUAUUUAACUCA